GAGAGCUACUAAAAGAUAUAACUAAAAGCCAAGUCAUUUAUCCCUCACUGUCACAAAAUGCUUCUCCUCCUGAUCUUUGGGAUUGUGCUUCUUCCGAAAGCCUCCACUUUAAAGUGUUUUCAGUGUCCACCUGGUCCGUCGGGAUCCUGCGUAAACACAGAAAAUGAAUGUCCAUCCAAUGAUUUUCAGUGUGGUGCGCUGAGAGUCUCCACAUUUGCAGGUGCUUCGAAAGUCAGUGACAUCACCGUGAAAAUGUGUGCCAUGGCAGAGGAGUGUGUUGAGGGCUCGCUCAACUUUGGAGUCUCCAGGACGGUCAUUACCAGCAAGUGUUGCACCUCCGAACUCUGCAACUCUCAACCUGCCCCAGAACCCAUGAAAUCAACUCCCAAUGGUAAAAAGUGCUUCCGCUGUGACGGUCAGACGUGCAGUGGAACUCUAAACUGUGAGGGGAAUGAGGACCACUGCAUUUCAUCAACAGUGGACCUCGGGGGUAAAAAGACGACCAUGAAGGGCUGUGCCUCCAAAGUGAUGUGCUCAGAUUCUCAAACUGUACAGCUACCAGGGGGCAUUGGAGUAGGGCUGAGCUGCUGUCAGGGGAACUACUGCAACAGUGCCAUUAGCACACGGGCUGGCCUCCUGCUCCUGGUGGCACCAUUGGUCACUUGGGUCAUGUUCUCUUAGUUUACAACAGCAUCACUGUUCAAUUGUUCUUCUUCAUAGUGGAUCAAUCCCGUUCCUUUACUUAGAACUGAUGAAUGAAAAAGUAUCACUGUAGCAACAAAAUAUCAUUAGGUUAAGUUGUGAAUGUGAGUUGUGGUUCAUAUUGUCAUUAUUAACCUGAAUAUGUUAACAUAUCAGAGAUAUCAAUGUAUAUGUUCUUAAUAAAAAAGUAAAAUAAA